AUGUGGGUCUUUUCUGAUACCAUCUGGAAAGUGGAGCAGAAGGCUGCUGAGAGUGUGGGAACGCCUACGUGGUGGUGUGACAAAAAGAAAGAAACAGCUGAGCCCUGCCGGGAGCGGCCCGCCCUCCCUGCCUACUCUAUUGGGUCGCGGUUGACCCCCGAACUCCUGACCUGUGCCACGAGCUGGGGCGCUGGGCAAGGAGAUCCGCACGGUUUCCAAGGCGGGCGCGGGGCCAAACGCAGGGAGUACGCAGGGCAACGCAGCAGACGCGGAGCGACGAGCCCUCCGCCUCCACGAGCACGGCCGCCCCUACCCAAGAUGGCGGGCCGCACCGCUUCCGUUGCGGCCGAACGCGGCGUGUGGGAGGGCGCGGGGGUCUCCCGCCAAUGGGGAGCUACGGCGCGCGGCCGGGACCGGGAGGCGGUGCGGCGCGGCGGGUGCGGUUCAGUCGGUCGGUGGCGGCGGCGGCGGAGGAGGAGGAUGUGGGCUGCGCACGGGCUGGCGGUGGCGCUGGCUCUGAGCGUGCUGCCGGGCAGCCGGGCGCUUCGGCCGGGCGACUGCGAAGUUUGUAUUUCUUAUCUGGGAAGAUUUUACCAGGACCUCAAAGACAAAGAUGUCACAUUCUCACCAGGCACUAUUGAAAAAGAACUCAUAAAGUUCUGCCGUGAAGCAAGAGGCAAAGAGAAUCGAUUGUGCUACUACAUUGGGGCCACUGAUGAUGCAGCCACCAAGAUCAUCAAUGAAGUGUCGAAGCCCCUGGCCCACCACAUCCCUGUGGAGAAGAUCUGUGAGAAGCUCAAGAAGAAGGACAGCCAGAUCUGUGAGCUAAAGUAUGAUAAGCAGAUCGACCUGAGCACAGUGGACCUGAAGAAGCUCCGAGUUAAAGAGCUAAAGAAGAUCCUGGACGACUGGGGGGAGUCGUGCAAAGGCUGUGCAGAAAAGUCUGACUACAUCCGGAAGAUCAAUGAACUGAUGCCUAAAUACGCCCCCAAGGCAGCCAGUGCACGGACUGAUUUGUAGUCUGCUCAAUCCCUGCUGCACCUGAAGGGAAAAAGCAGUUCAGCUCUUUCUGCCCCAAACAACCUUUUUGUAAUUUAUUUUUUAAGCGGGCUCCUGACAAUACUGUAUCAGAUGUGAAGCCUGGAGCUUUCCUGAUGAUGUUGGUUCUACAGUUUCCCCAUGAGGGGAUUCACUUCCUUCUGUUGCUGGUUUACUCUAGGACUUCAAAGUGUAUCUGGGAUUUUUUUAUUAAAGGAAAAAAAUUUCUA